AAUCGAUAUUAUGGCUGAUGGAAAUCUGGGGAAAGUGGCCUCCAAGAAGCUGAAGGCCCUGCAAGAUGGGUUUUAUACCGACGUUGUCUUCCUUGUGGGUGAAAAAGACGAAUCGGCGGAGGAAAUUCAUGCUGUAAGUUUUGACCUAAGCGUGAGCAGCAUGUUUUUCGCGAACCUAUUCAACAGCCCACUGACCCUGAAAAGUGACGGAAAAUUCAGGCUGAAGAACAUCGAGCCUAAAAUCUUCAAAUUGAUCGUCAAGUUUACUCACCUGAGUGAACAGUUGGUGUCCAACGUGGACAGUCUGGAGACCUGCCUGAUGCUGGCCUCUGCCGCUGAGGAGUACUUGAUGGACGAUCUGGCUGAGCACUGCUCCAAGCUGCUUGAGGACAAGUUCCUCAAGGUGGACAACGUGUGGAAUGUGCUCAGCGAGCACCACCUGGUCAAAGGCAUCGCCUCUUCAUGUCUGCAAGUGAGUCGCAUGGAAAUAAAUUGCAUGGUGCACGAAUUAUUUUUAUAA